CUCCCUGUCCUUUAGGGCGGGGCGUGGUGGACAUGUUUAAAAAGACUGCAGUGGUGCUGGUGCGCUGUUCAUUCCUUCAUUUAAAGUCUGAACAGAAAAUACAAAAGAAAAGCCAACAUGGUUGAGUGGAGCAACAAGGAGCGCAGCAUCAUCACCAACCUCUUUUCCACCUUGGACUAUGAGGAUGUCGGCUCCAAGGCUCUGUCCAGGUGCCUGAUCGUCUACCCCUGGACUCAGAGGUAUUUCUCCUCCUUUGGAAACAUCAGCAAUGCUGAGGCCAUCAAAUCCAACCCCAACAUCGCAACCCAUGGAGUGAAGAUCCUGCACGGCCUGGACCGCGCUGUGAAGAACAUGAACAACAUCAAGCAAGCUUACGCUGAGCUCAGUGUGCUGCACUCCGAGAAGCUGCACGUGGAUCCAGACAACUUCACGCUGUUGUCCGACUGCGUGACCAUGGUCAUCGGAGCCAAGAUGGGCAGCAACUUCACCAUCGAGAUCCAGGCUACUUUCCAGAAGUUCCUGGCUGUGGUGGUGUCUGCCCUGCGAAGGCAGUACCAGUAAACCACCAGCCUGGACACCAGAAGGAGAUCUGAAGUCUGAAGACACAUCUGACCUGUCUCCUCAAAAGAAAUAAAAUCUCAGCAAA